UACUUUAGUCCUUUGACCGAUUCUGCACAGGACUCAAAAUCACCCUCGAGAAGAACCGAUCUAUCAGCAAAGCAAGGCAAGUACAGGUCAGAGGAUCACGAAACUCAAAAGAUGAAAAACAGCCGACCACUGCAACUGUGCGACCAAACAAUGUCGUUCAUCCGAUGAGGGCAAAAAGUGCUCCACAACUUCAGGAUGUUCCUACAAAACCGAUUAGACAAAUGAGGAACUCCCGAUCAUCUACUUCAGCACUUCCAGAUGAAAAGAAAACGUCUAACCCACCUAACUAUGCCGCGCACAUGCAGAAAACUAAAGAAAAGUCACGGAAGUUCAGUGAUAAAUCUGAUGACUUGUAUUCCAAACACCAAACUCACAUAGAUGGUCCGGCCAAUCCCACCUUGGCAGAUAAGAAGCGUGUAGAAGCUACAAUUAAAAGCUGGAAACAAGAAAAGCAACAAGGCUCCUCUCAAUUCCAAAGACAACCAGAUCUUAUUUAUGGCAGGAAACAAGAAACCAGUGUGUAUGCUAAACCUCCACAAAGCUUUCCUGGAGAUAUAUCCAAACACCCUGCAGAGUCGUCCCAUUACGAGAAGGCGGUGAGGAGGACGAGUGAGAGUACUCAGAAAGCUGGAGGAAGGAGGAAAAAGGAUGAACCUCGUAGACACACCCUUUCAAAUGGCAUCGAUUAUAAUAUGCUGAAGCGUAUGAAGCAGCUAGAGCAAGAGAGAGACAUCUUCCUGCAGGGCUUGGAGGCUCUAGAGCUAGCCAGAGAUUGGUACCGACAACAACUAGCUAGCAUCAGGGACAGACAGGACAGGAUCAACAAGGCACAAGUUGACUUCACAGAGGACAUUGAUCACCAAGACAUGGUUGUAUACAGGACAACGCGUAUCACCGAACUGAACAGGCAACUCAGGGCACUCAUAGCUACUCCGGAAAAGGGUUUUCCGAACCACAUGAACCUCGCUAUCAACCACCAGUAUGGGAAGUCUACCGGUAGUCAGCUGGACAUUGGUGCACCCCUCAUGGUGGGCAAACUCAAACAGCAGAAUAAACAAUUAACAGAGGAGGUUUCAUCCAAGAGUGACCGGAUCUCCAAACUGGAACAAGAGAAGGCUGCCCUCAUAAGGCAGUUGUUUGAAGCGAGGGGUCGUAAUAGAGAUCUACCUGAUAAUACCACAUUCCUCUGAACAAUUGAAGACAGGACUAGCACAAACUACAGUUUAGAAGUCAACUUUGUAAAUGAUUUAUGCACAUGUUUGCUUUUGCUGAUGAAAGAAAGGCUACCUCUCUGUAACACAAAACACUACAUGCAUAUCAUCGAGGACAAGAAAUCGCAGGUUAGGAUCAGGAAUUAAUCUUGAAAAUGAUUCAGGGCAUCGUCUCAUCGACAGCCAUGAUUAAUCGCAACUUAUUUGCCAUUGAUAUCAAUCGCAACUAUGUAUAUAAGAGAUAAGAGACUGCAAAAUUGCGAUUGAUUGGAGGACUCCGAGAGAUCCAAAUCAAUCUCAACUCUUUUAUAAGACAGGGCCCUAGUGUCCAGUCAAACAUGUAUAGAACGACCACUAGAGUUAGACAAGGAAGUGUCAUUUUUAUCGAAAUAAUGUGAUGUAAUAAAUGAAAAAUUACAUCAUGCAAACUCCUGUGGAAGUGCAUAGGGACAUUAUAUCAUGAUGUGAUAAGUCCAGUUGCUCACCAAGUCUGGGCCCUGUCAUAUAAAGAAUAGAUAUCAAUCACAACUAUGUACAUAAGAGAUAGGAGACUGCAAACUUGCGAUUGAUUGGAGGACUUACGAUUGAUUUGGAUCAAUCGUAACUCUUUGUAAGACGAAGCCCAGAUGUGUGAUUUAGCCAUCCUCUGACGAACACAGACGUCAAACAUGGCCGCAUUGAUGAUUUCACAUCCGAGAGUUCAUCAACUACAUAUCCGUCCUUGGUGUAAACAACACUCUCUUCUAUACAUUGACGUUUGAUAUAUCUUCAUGUGUUGAUUUACACGGGACUUUCAGAGUGUAAAAAAGAAGAGAUCACAUGUCGUGCUUCCUGUCUUUAUGUUCGAUCAUGCGAAGCUUAAUUGAUACCUACAUGCAGCUAAUAAUAUCAUGUUCCAGGAAACUUUAGAUUCAAUUUUUGAAACUCCUGUUAAAGCCAAUUUCAUAUCCGCAUUGUAGAUACCCGGUAGGUUGCGGAGCAGGUAGCCAAAUUAAUUUCACAAUGAUGUAGCCUUUUUUUUGUGUAGAAGAGGAGUACUUUGUCAAAUUUAAUUUACUUUUGUUGUAAGACUAACAAUACGUGCA